AUCGCUAUCGUUUCUUAUUUUGCAGUUUUAAUUUGCAAAACAAAACUCUGACAAGCAAAUGAAAUGCGCAGCGAUUUUCCGCCUUUGGCCAUCCGGAUUUGGAUGCACAAGCUGAAAAAGGGCGUGGCCCUGCCUGCGGCCACCCUAGAAAAGUGCUUGUUAAAUAAAAUGAGCUCAGAUGCAGCUAGCUUGUCGGUGGCAAAUGCAUGUGAAAGGGGCAUCCUCGUGCCACGAACUGAAGGCACCCGGAGCAAACGUGUCAGCCUCGCCUUUUGCCAGAAACUAAGCUCCCUGACGAUACCUGCAAAUGAUCCAUACUGCUAUGAGUGCCAUUUGCCCGGUGACUUAAAGGAAUGUCCGGCAUGCAUACGGACCUUUCACGAGAGUUGCCGGCGCAAAGAUCCCGAAAAGCCCAACUACUGUGUACCCUCGGACAAAGGGCAGCCGUACAGGCUACCGCAAAACGAAUCCGACGAAGAAGAUGAGAAUCCGACUGAGGAUUUUCCUCAAACACCGACUCCGGAGCCACUAUUGGACCACAAUAGUAACAUCAAUGAGGGGCAUGUGACUUCGGACACUCCGGCAUUUCUUAAGCACGAAAGCUUGGAAUGGGACGAUGAUGUUUUCUUUGUAAGUGAGCGCAAAGGAUCUCGCCAACGAAAACAGGCAAACGUCAAGGACGAACAUCAGACAAACUUGGAUAGUGAUACUAGUAGUGAGCUGGAAUAUUGCACCCGCUGCCGUCUACUCAAGAUGGCCUCUCUUCACAAUCCUCCGCAGUUGGAUAAACAGGAGUUAGCAAGCCUUCUGAAAUAUUCUUGGGGAACGCACCACUCCUGGCUGGACAGAGACGUGUCCAAAUAUAUGGCGAAGAACUGGAACGAUCGUGAUAGAGCGCUGGUCAAGCGCAUUCUUUUUAAGACUAAGAUACUUGGGGUGGCGGACAUCGAGCGGAAUAUAGCGUCGAAAAAGUAUAUAUACUUGACAGAGUUCCUUGUGGAUCUCCUUGAUCUGCAACAUAAUAUUGCCGUUUUCUAUGGUCCCAAGAGCGUAGAAUACACUGCGACAAAGUGGCUCUUACGAGACGUAACGCAUGACAUCCGGGAGAUCCGUAAAUGCCCCGACUGCUUUCGAUAUUCCAAUGAGGCCAAUUUAUCAAGCCUUUGGUUUGCAAAGCCUUGUCUCCAGCGCCAUGAGCUGGUAUUCGCCAAACAGGCAGGGUCACCACCCUGGCCCGCCAAGGUUAUCAGUGUUUCCAGAAGGAAGCCAAUUAAGUAUGAUGUAAGGUUUUUCGGAGGCUCUCACUCGAGGGCCCUUAUCUCUGAACGUGAUAUCAUUCCCAUCGAGUCGGACAUACAGUCGCACUUUAAACCUAAAAACUCCAAGGCUUUGAAUGCUGCACUGAGGGAACUUCAGUGCCACAUGAUAUUGUCCCACUACUCUGCAUCGCAAUUUGGUUUCUAUGCUGAUCCGAAAAUAGCCGAGAAUCUCAUACAAGUGGCCUUGUCUCACUGUAACGAGUCCUCCGAAACUCCACAAUCGACAAAGAAACGAAAACUAAACUCCACUAGCUCCAAUUCUCCCGUGCCCAAGCGUAUCUUGCCGGUACGUCGCUGCUCGAUUGCAUUUCGAAGUGAAGCAUUACAGGAGACCGGGUCUAGCUAUGCUGACAGCGUCAUCUACCAGAAUCUGGCGUCUGAAAUAAUUCAGGCAAAUGAAGAGUUGGUAAAGUGUCAAGGUGAAUUAGCCGUCAUGCGUCAGAAACUAGAAGCGGUAAAGAGGAAGCGCUGGUGCUAUCUUUGUCUGAAGGAAGCAGCCUUUGAUUGUUGUUUCACUGCGUCCUACUGCAGUGGUGAGUGCCAGCGACGGGAUAAGCGACGACACCAGGCAACUUGUAAAGUCAAUCAAUAA